AUGCCCCCUCCCAGCAAUGGGGCACCUAGUGCAUCCAUCAACUCGGCGAUUCCGCCCUCUGCACAGUCUCAAGCUCAGCAGAGUCAAUCGCAGUCGGGAAUAGGUCGCAGUCAAUCUGCUUUCAAUUUCUUGAUCUCCAAGGCAAAGGGCACAUUCUCCUCUGGCGGCGCCACAAAUCAUCCAGGCACCUCUUUGGGCAACCAGCAUGGCCUCUACGCAUCUGGUGGAGGUGGACAUGGAGCUAUCAAUGCCUCGGCCUCAAUGUCAUCGCUCGCGUCUCAGCCCGUGUUCGAGGAGGGACCCGAUCAUGCUUCGCUGCCAUCCAACAUGCAUCCCGGCGUCUUUCAAGGAGCAAGCCGAUCCCGGGUAGCUUCCGGUUCGAGUAGCGGGGCUUCAGCAGGUGGUGGUGGUGGUGGCAACAGCUCACCCAGUGGGAUCGCCAUUGGAAGCGCUGCGGGUGGCUCUAGCGGCGUGUAUCAGAACUUCGCCAUCGAGCGCGGCGGGUCCGUCACGGACUUUGGCCGCUAUCCCACCACCAAUCGGCCCAGCUUUGGAGCUGAGGAUGCCAUCACAGUGUCAAGUCCCACCAAACGGAGCUUCUUUGGAGGGCACAGAGAUCGGAAGACUUCAAACGCAAGCGUCACGAAGAAUUCUCCGACUCUGGCUAUCAAUCCCCCAAGCGCAGGCUCUAACGCUUCCCGAGGCGGCUACGCCCACAGCCCUCUUAGCAGGGGAGCAAAUUUGCGACAAGACUCUCUCGGCAGCAAUGGCAACUCGGGCGCCCCUGGGUUGGGCUAUGCUCAAUUCAGUCGCAGUCAGUCCGAUUUGUCGCACCGUCACGAGUUCCCUUCGCCGACUAUAGGCAAUGCGGAGCUGCCGAGACCUUUCGGUCAAACAGCGGCGUCGAAUCUCCCGGUCAAUUUCCUCGGUAGCGACGAUCCUCAGCACCUCCGCUCGCCCAGCCCCAACAUCGGCUACUCACGCAGCGUAGACGACCUCAAUCAUGCUGCAACACCGCCUUUGACUGCUGCAACGACCGGUAGCGCGGGAAAAGCUGCUGCUGUGCGCCAGCACCAACCGCAGCAGCACAGAACUGACGCGACUUGGGGAGAACAUGGGGUGCCUGCCGCUGACUGGGGACGCCCAAGUGAAGUUGGUGCACUUUCAAGUCGAAGCGCAGUAGGCAAUCAAGCACAACAGCUGCAACGCUGGAAUGCAAAUAGUAGCGGGGGAUCUCCGCACGUGCCGGUCUCACAGCAAACCCCACAGACCAUUGCGGGUCCUGCUCAGGGCUACCAGAGUCAAAGUCCGGCGCUUGGAGGCGGCGCCCACAUCCCUUUCAGUUCUGCGCCCCAGAGCUCGACCUGGCCUCAAGUUCCCCCCAUUCCACCCCAACAUUUGGGUUCCACACCAAACAAGCAUUCUCGGAAGGGAUCCAAACAAGGUGCUCUGCGGGAAGCAGGCACUGCAAUGGGGCUACCCUUCGUUUCCCGUCCUCAAGAUGACGCCUCGCACGGCACAUCUCUGCCGUCCGGAGCUACGUAUCAAGGUUUCUUGAAUCGGAAUGCCAACAUCUCGUUGCCACUUUCACAGUUACAGGAGGGCGGCGACAAAGGCAGAGAGCGCGAGAAGGACCUGAGUAAAGGCUGGAAGCCUUACAAAGUCAUCCUGAGAGAAGGACGCCUAUACUUCUUCAAGCCUCCAAGCAGCAUCUCAGAUGAUGUCAAAGCUCUUUUUCCCACGUCCCUCGUCAGGCCAAUCGCAGGGACAACUGCACCUGUUGACUUGGAUGCGAUCAAGAAGGCGCUGGCUCAACAGGAAUUGUUGGCAGCUACUGCAAGCUCACAGGGAAGAUCCGCCGGUGCGCCACGCACGUCAACUGCGCGGCCGGCCACUAAACGUGGAGACAGUGGUGCUGGUGCUCCACCGAACAUCGCCACGCCCACAACAUCAGAAGCGCGAGAGCCGCCUGCAAUGGAAGCGAGCUCCUCGUGGGCCGCGCCUGGAAAACAUCCAGACCUCUCUCUCGCCGAGACAGUUACACCGCCAGCGAGCUGGAUCGAGCGCAUCGUCGCUAGUCCGAUGGAAAGCCUCGCGCACGAGCUCGUCUUCGCCACGCAAUUCUCUGUCGGAUCUUCGAGUGCUACCGCGGCUACUGCUCAGCCCAAGGAUGGUACUGAACGUAGCGAUGAGGUGGAGACAUACGUCUUGAGCCUUCUAAUUGCGACAGCCAGAUCUGGACGCCCUAUUCAAAAAGUACUGGUCGCCGUGCAGAAGUGGGCUGUUGAAGCCCUCUCCUUGGGUGUAGAGGAUGAGCUCGCUGGCUCGUUGAUCACUGACGCAAGCUCACCCGUCGUCCUCAAAUUCAAAGCCGAGGUCCGCGAGAGGCUAGCUGCUGUGGCUAUGUCGCGGCCGCUUGACUACGCGUCAGACGACAACGACCGCCGCGGAGCUGCCGAGGUACUUCAAGCGCUCGUCGACAUGACUUCUUCUGGAGCAGAAGCCGAGAAGGCCCGACACAGCGUCCUCAGUGUCCUGGUGCAAGAUGCCGUUGAGCAGCACCAUAGCGUACCGAAGGCUCCAGACUGGAUCGAGGCAAUUAGAGGACGCGCUUCUAGAGAUCAUUUGCAUGACAUUGUUCGGCACAAGCUUAGCCCCUCCAGCUUUUUGAAUCUCGAACCACCAGAAAUCGCACAGCAGCUUCAAAUCUUCCAUGCUGACCGCUUGAGGUCUUUCUUGGCGCCCACUUUAUCCAUAGGCCGCUUGUUCUCCAGAUCCAAUGCCCUCAAUUCUGGGCUCCUAAGCUUCGACGCUUCACGUCCACAUUUCAUCACCCGUCUCGUCAUGGACCAACUCUUCGAUGAAGCUAUCGAAACGGGCCCGCAGUCUACCGCCCGUCGACCUGAGUCCGGCAAUACCGCUCGCCACCGCGCUGCGAUCAUGCGGCACUGGAUUGCUAUCGCGUCCUACCUCCUUACCUUUGGUGAUUUGGUCGGCUGGGCUGCUGUCACCGCUGCCCUUUGCUCUCGCCCUGUCUCCAGGCUGGACCAAACUUGGCGCUAUGUUGCUUCCAAUGACAGGACCAUUGUCUCAAAGACCUGGGCACCACAAUUGGCCAAACUGGGAUGGACCGAUGGUAAUGAAGGACCCGACUGCCAGAUAGCGCCUCUCAUCAUCAACGUGUCAUCGGCAUCAGCAGCGAGCGGAUCGGCAGAUUCGCUCGAUGUCGUCGAAGGUAACAAUGGCAAGCGCGUCGAGACGUUGCCAUUUCUCGGCAAUGUAUUUGUCGACCAUUCUGACGACCAACAGGGCCAUGCGGCACCCCUGGCAAAUCAGCUAGAUGUCGUUUCUUCGCUCCAGGCUGCACGGAGGUCACUUGCGCUGGGAGAGACAUGGCUGAAGCAGUAUGGACCUCCCGAACAGGAGCGCACAAGCGCAAGGACGUACCCAGGAGUCGCGCCUGCUAUUCCGGAGCAGCAGCGCGCCUUUUUGAGCUUGCUCGAGCUCAGCUCAAAGGGCGAGUGGAGUCAGUCGACGCAGUCGACAGAGGAGCUUGGCCUUUCGCGCUACAUGUCCCCCUCACUAGCUACGGAGCCACGCUCCUUGGGUCGUGUGGACCACAGGUGGCACGCCCCUAUGACCGAAGUCACAGUAGCGUGUGCGCUAGCACCACUCCUUUUUACCGAGACGCUUCCCACACUGACUUUGUUGGACCGGGACAGGGUUAUCAAUCUGAUUACCGGGCCUUCCCAACUGGGCAACAGCAGCACAAGCUCCGCAAAUUCCAGGCGUCUCAAGUCCAUACAAGCCGAGGACAACGAGGCCACGGUCAGAGCGCACAAAGGUGCUCGACCCACGCUUGCCGGCUCACCACUCCUUCGCUCCCGCACUUUUCCGCCGACGAGCCGCUCAAACGCCAAAGGUGUGCCCUUCUCUGGCAUAGCGGAGUGGGAUAGCAAUCGACGUGGAUCGUUGGGCGGGGAGCCAACUGUCUUCAAGAUUGGUGCUGAGUUGGUCGUGACAGUCGUCGCGGAAGCUGGCACGACGAGCGCUCCUGGUACGCCGAUGACUAGCAAGCGCUUCUCCCAAGAGAUGGGCAACGCCACGCGGCCGCUGUCGCAGGUGUCCAAACGAUCAAGCUUGCCAGCGUCAAAUCGUAGCUCCAUCGUGGAAGCUUCAAGCACGCCGGUGAGCGUAGUGAUCAGUGCAGCGACACUUGAGCGCCUUGUGGACGUGCUUGUCCUGGGUGUUCAGCAUGUCACAGUGCUCCCUUUAUCGGAUGAUCACGGCGAGACGCCACUGUCUAAUCAACGCAGAUGGCGCCUCUCCAUGGACCUGCCACACUUCAGAGCAAUUUUCUUGACCACAUAUAGGCGUCUCUGUACCCCAAUCGUGCUCUUCGACUACUUGGCAAAACGCUUUGCAGGUGCAGUUCAAGCUAGCAGAGAAAUGGCUCUUCCGGCCCAGCACCGCAGUGCAAAUCAGUUCCCUUCGUGGGCGAGGGCUGACCCGGUUGGGAGUCGCAUGGAACCGAUCGACUGGGAGUUCGUCAGUCGCAUUCGCCUCGGUGUCAUCACGGUCUUACGCGAGUGGGCACAACGAUGUCCGCAAGAUUUUGCAGACGACGCAGAGCUUUUCGAUGGAGCGCUCAACUUCGCCAAAUCGCCGCCAGGGUUGAAUCCGCGCCAUGAAGAUGAUCCUGAUUAUGGGCUUGUCGUCUCUGUCGUGGACGAUCUCCUGCUCAAGCUGCGGACCAGCGCGAUGUGUGCCAACACACGGCCAUCCGACAUGCCGCCAGGCGCCGAGCACUUCAAUCUUGUACGCAAUUCUGACGGCAGCACCAACCCCAACCACAUGGAUACAAUGGGCACUGACUUGGACUUCGAUCGGACGUCCGCUCCCGACCUCGUGCGAUUUCUCGAAAGCAUUGCAGCGGUCUUCUUCGACAAGAUCACGCAGCGUGAUCUUCUGGUGGCUAGUGAGAUGUUUGAAAGGCAGUCAAGCGUUGCCACGGGCUGGCAUGUGCGAAGUGCGACGCCUGCGACUGGCGCCGACGACUCGACUCAGACAAACAACAUGUACAAGCUGCUGGAGUUCCUGCGAGCUCCAGGUGAAGGCAAGGACUCGCCCUCAUUACAUCAAACUCUACCACCAGCCCUGCGCGAUGCCUGCGCUGCUCAAAACAUGCUCCGUGGCUGGAUCGCAAUCCACAUGUGAGUGGCAAACGUUUCCGCUGAAGGCGUCAUCAAAGCUGACGCCAAAGUCAUUCCUUAUCGCAGCAUCGAGUCUCGCAUAGGCCUGCAGCGGCGGCAGAGCCGACUGGCGAAGCUUCUUGAUGCUGUCUGGAUCUGUCGCACUCGCAUGUCCAGAGUGCGCUCGGAGGACACAGUCAACACAUCCUUCGCUGCGCCUGGUCCAUUCAAGGAGACGACAGUGACAUCUUUCGUAGAGAGCGUGAUCGUUGGUGCGCUGACAGCCUCGGAAAGCCGCAUUUUCCAACGCGCGUGGCACGGUGUUGCAGCCUCCCGUGAAGCUACAGGGGAGACUUUUGAGGGGCUGUUCCCUCCCGCUCGAGUCGCCAGCGCGUAUAGCGGGGCGACCAAUGCGCAGUCGACCCCGGAUGUCGGCUGGAUCCUCAAGUCACUCGCGGAAACAGUCACCAGGCAAUCUGAGCACAUCCACGCCAACAGCGCGCUGUUGGAUUUCGACAAAUCUCGGACUAUCUAUAACCUCAUCGAGUCAUCCUUGCGGAUCCGGCCCGUAGAAAUCGAGGCAAAGGUAAUCGAGAUUGCCAGCGCGCGUCUGAAUGCUAUGCAAGCAGCGUUGCGCAAAGUCGGUUGGGAUCGACGCGCUUUCAAGGAUGACGCCGCGCAAGAGUCGGCUGGAGCGCCCGCUCUACCUGCGAAGUUCAAACCGACGAAGCCGCUUGUGGCUUUGACUUCCGAACAGCAAGAGAAGCAGCGGCGGGAUCGCAUGGCGUACGAAAUCCUCCUGCACGUCGCCAAGGAGCCUGUCCGAAUCUCGUCUCCUCAAGCUGCACCUAUGCGACCAAGCCUUUCGGUAGGCAACACUCCUCAGCCUGGGCUGCAUGUCGGUGGGACACCGGCGUCAGCCACUGCAACAGCACCCAUAGAGAAGCGAGCUCGACGAAUGACGGCUUUGUUCAGGGGCGCUAUCCGACCGUCUGCCGAUAAAGCAGAUACACCACAACGCACGGCAGCACAGCUGCUUGAACUGACCCCCACAAUGAAGCACGCCGUGAUAAUUGGGGCUGCAUCGGCUCAAGCGUCGCUGUGGAGUAAUAAUCAGCGCAGCUUUGUGUUUCACCUCAGCAGUCCGGAGAGCGGCAAUCACGUGCUGCAGGCUCCAUCCCAAAUGGAGACCGUUGAAUGGCUGCGAGAGAUUCAAAAAGCUGCCAGUCAGUACGCAGCGCCACGGUCUGGCGAUCCAUCGAAGUCCGCGGCUCUUAAGGGAAAAGCAGGUGAGACGAGAAAAUUCUGUCGUCUGUUGUGGGACGCCACUAACCUUCGCUUGAUGCGCCUCGGACUUUGCAGUCAUGCCUCUCUACAACAUCGACCUGAUGACCCUUGCUGCACGGGACAAGCGCAGUGUGCCGCUUGGCCUAGAGCGCAUGCUUGCGGAGGUCGAAGCAAGAGGUGAGUCGUCUACAAUCUCGGAAUCAUGCGCGCGUGGCAACUCAUGGUUUGCUCCUCCACUACGCAGGACUUUUGGAGCAAGGCAUCUACAGAAUUUCUGGGGCGAAGAAUGCCAUAGAGGGUCUCAAAAUCGCCUUCAGCAAACAGCCGGCAGAGUCCGUUGAGCUGUCGACUGGAGAGUACAGCGAUGUGCACACCAUUGCCGGCGCCAUCAAGCAGUGGCUUAGAGAUCUGCCAGAGCCUGUGGUGCCUUUUCAACAUUACAACGCGUUGAUAGAGGCGGAGCGUGUCGAAAAUUAUGAAGAUCGACUAUACGCAAUACGAGACAUCAUUUGGGAAUUCCCUCAGCCUCACUUUGAAGUCCUACGCCGGAUGUCAGAACACUUGGCGAGAAUUUGCGAGGAAGGCGAGCGCAAUUUGAUGGCACCUCACAAUAUCGGGCUUGUCUUCGGCACAUCACUUCUCAACCCUCCUCCUGGGCCCGCCAGCGUUGCUCAGAGUUUCGGCAAUAUCGGCAAAGCAGCGCACAUCGUCAAGCUUAUCGUCACUACUCACGAAUGGCUCUUCGAGCCAGAGCCUCCCGAGGUCGGUGUUGAGGCCGAGGCCACUCUCGUGGAAGAAGAUGUACCGCCCACAUUCGCUCCAGCUCCAGCACCGCCAGCUAGCGACGGUCAAGAAGCUGGCUCUACACCACACUCGCCCGUGGGCGUCAUAGUCACGGAGUCAGCUGCUCCGGCAGACACAGCUGGCACCAGUGGGCACAACCUUGCUCCUGCACUAGGCGCUGCACAUCAAGAUGCUUCUUUGCCUGCCGAAGCAUCGCAGCGAUCCGCGUCUUCCUUCAGUGCAUCUGCUGCAGCUCCAGCGCCGAUUCUGCCGAAAGAGGCCACGUUCCCACGUGGCGAGGUGUCCGCUCUAGGUUUGUCCCCUCGAGCGGUGCAGACCACGCUCCACACGCCUCAGAAACGUGCUCCCGGUGCCCGAGAGGGAACGGAAUCGCGCGAGGAAAGCAUCUACCUUGAUGCGAGGGAAGCCCUCAAUGCUUUGAUGGAUGGCGACGCUGCCGAGGGCCGCUUCGACAGCUAG